CCUCCUCCUCCUCCUCUUCCUCCAGUUGGAAACCCUUCAUACAUCCCCGACCUGACAGCAGUGAAGAGCGGGGAGAAAACCAGCCUGAAGUCGGUCAGUGAGAGCAGGGACAUCCAGAAGAGCUGCAGACAUUAAACACAACACUCCUGCAGGGCGAUGGCGGUGCCGUACGAGGGCCAGUCUUUCUCUGCUCUGAGGAGGAAGUGUCAGCAGAGCGGGACUCUGUUUGAGGAUCCUCUGUUUCCUGCGUCCGACCAGUCGCUCUUCUACCAGAACAACCGCAUCGGCAGAGUCACCUGGAAACGGCCAAAGGAGUUAAGCAGCGACCCCCAUCUGUUCGUGGACGGAAUCAGUGCUCAUGACCUGCACCAAGGCCAGCUGGGAAACUGCUGGUUCGUCGCUGCCUGCUCCAGUCUGGCCUCCAGAGAGGCGCUAUGGCAAAAGGUGAUUCCUGACUGGAAGGAGCAGGAAUGGGAUAAAGAGAAACCGGAGUCGUACACCGGGAUGUUCCACUUCCGGUUCUGGCGGUUUGGUGAAUGGGUCGACGUGGUGAUCGAUGACCGGCUGCCCACAGCCAACGGAGAACUGGUUUACUGUCACUCCAACGACAGCAACGAGUUCUGGAGCGCGCUGGUGGAGAAAGCCUACGCCAAGCUGUACGGAUGCUACGAGGCGUUGGAUGGAGGCAACACGGCCGAUGCUCUGGUGGAUUUCACCGGUGGUGUUUCGGAGCCGAUGGACCUGAUGGAGAACGGGAUCAAAGAGGAAGAAGAAAAACGCAACGAGCUGUUCGAGAGAGUCCUGAAAACCCACACCAGGGGGGGUCUGAUCAGCUGCUCCAUCCGGGCUACCAGCGCAGCAGACAUGGAGGCCAGGCUGGACUGCGGGCUGGUGAAGGGUCACGCCUACGCUGUGACGGACGUCCGUAGGGUGAGGCUGGGCCACGGCCUGCUCGCAUACUUCAGGUCGGACAAGCUCACCAUGAUCCGCAUGAGAAACCCGUGGGGACAGAAGGAGUGGAACGGGCCCUGGAGUGACAGCUCUGAGGAGUGGCAGAAGGUCAGUCAGAGUGAGAGGGAGAAGAUUGGCGUCACCGUGCAGGACGACGGAGAGUUCUGGAUGACGUUUGAUGACUUCGUCGCCAACUUCACAGACCUCAUCCUGUGUCGUCUCAUCAACACCUCCUACCUGAGCUUCCAUAAGACCUGGGAGGAGGCUGUGGUGCGGGGCUCCUGGAGUCGUCACGACGACCCGCUUCUCAACCGAGCCGGAGGCUGCACCAACAACAAGCAGACCUUCCUGCAGAACCCACAGUAUGUGUUUGACGUGAAGAAGCCGGAGGACGAGGUUCUGAUCUGUUUGCAGCAGAAAGACCGCAGAGCCACGCUGAGAGAGGGACGAGGAGAAAACCUGGCCAUUGGCUUCGACAUACACAGGGUGGAGUUGAACAGGACGUACCGUAUGCACACCACCCAGCAGAAGGUCGGCGGCAGCAUCUUCAUCAACUCGAGGUCCGUGUUCCUACGCAUCGACCUGAAGGAGGGCCGCUACGUCAUCAUACCCACGACCUUUGACCCCAACCUGGAGGGUGACUUCCUGCUUCGCAUCUUCACCGACGUGCCGUCUGACUGCGAGGAGCUGACUCUCCAUGAGCCUCCACAGACCUGCUGGUCGGGGUUGUGUGGUUAUCCGUCUCUAGUGACUCAGGUUCACGUCAUGGAAGGAAGCGGACUCGCAGGACAAGACUCAGACGGAGUGUCGGACCCUUACGUGAUAAUCCGUUGCGAAGGAAUUAAAGUUCGCUCUCCGGUUCACAAAAACACACGAAACCCUGCCUUCGACACCAAGGGGCUUUUCUACAGGAAGAAAGCCAACCAGCCAAUCAGCAUCGAGAUCUACAACCACAACGUGCUGAUGGACUCCUUCAUGGGUCAGGUGACUCUGCCGGCUGAGCAGGGCAGUUUCCAGCAGACGCUCCACCUGAGGGGCAAAGGCGAUCGCCAGGACAACGACCUCCCAGGGACGCUCACCGUCACCAUAGUGACCAGCUCGUUGCUCACCAACAUCUGACACUCACACCACCAAACCGUCCAGUCAGGGUUCAGCUGCUGGUCCAUCAGUGAAGUUUACCAAAUUACUAGUUUGCAAACCACUUAAGAAUUGUUUACCUGUGAGCACUAAUGUUCAGCAUGAAAAGAAGAUUUAAACUUUAGAAGAGUAACUUAACUUUAUUAAAAAACAACAACAUUUAGGCUGU